AUGAGUCUAGGCCUAUUGCAGCAAGAGAUGUCAUCAGGACAGAGGCAAUAUUUAGUAUGUUCUCUGGCUGUGCUUUUAUCCAAUCUGCUCCUUGUGAAUAUUGCAUGUGGGUCAGGGGACUUCUUCCGUGAGGAUUUGUUGAUCAAACCUUUAUCUGAUGGACAUGUGUAUUCUGCAUUCCGAUUCCUAAUAAGUCGUGACUUUCCAUCAUCUGCAAAUGCAUCAGGGUCUCACUUCAACUUGUUUCCACGUGCUCUGGGUGAAAUCAUUCAAGCAUCGCAAGUGGAGGAACUCCACUUGAGUCUUACGCAAGGAUUAUGGAGGCAUUGGAAAUGGGGCUAUCCCAUAAGGGAUGCCCCUCCUGGAGCAGAGGUGUGGGCAUACUUUGGUGAAGAAGUCUUAGAUGUUGAUAAGCAUUGGAAAGAUCUCAAUAAUGCUUUAGCUGGACUUUUCUGUGCUUCUUUGGAUAGUAUUAAACCAGACAAAAGCGUGAACCCACAACUUAACUUCGUCCCAUCAUCAUCCAAUCCUGAUAUGAGUAAGCUACGAUAUGCAGCAUUACCAAGAGAAACGGUAUGCACAGAGAAUAUGACUCCGUGGAUGAAACUUCUUCCAUGUUUGGGAAAACGGGGUCUCUCCUCCCUUCUCACUGCUGUCAAGCUUUUUGAUACUUCUCUUCAUUCAAUUGCUGUGGACUUAAGGCCAAUCUGUACUGGUGAAACUUGCAGGCAAGAAUUGGUAUUGACAUUAUCAACUGUCACUGCCCAUCCUGAGAUAACAUGGUCAUUGAAGAAAAUAUUUGGUGUUGGGUUGUUUUCUGCCUGCCCUAUUGCUGAUGACAGUAUUAUUUAUGUGGAUCUUGCCCACAAUGUAACAUUGAAAUUUGAUUUGAAUCCAAGCCCAACCACAGUAAAUGCCUCUUAUGCUGUCUAUGACUUGCAGACUUUCAGCUUCAAUGAGCCACUGAACCUAGCUGCAGUACCAAGUGUGAAGAAAUCCAUUUUGGAUAGAACACCUCGGCUUCCACCAAUACAUAGUCACAGGUUUCUCACUGGGAUUGGAAUGGAGAGAGGAGGCAUCACUACCAACUUGCAUAACAAUUUAUACAAUCAAGAGUUGUCAGUGUCGGUGAUGCAGUCUAUCCCUUGGUUUCUUCAUGUUUCACUUCACACACUGACAUUUAAAAUAAAUGGCAAGGAUACAACCCCAUUAUAUUUGGGUUUUGUGCCUGGGAAAGAUCGAAGGAGGCCUAAUCUCCUAGAAGUUGCUAUCAAACUUCCACCAAAGUCUAUUGGCACCCUGAGCAUUCAGUUUGAAAAGAGCUUUCUCAAGUGGACAGAAUAUCCUCCAGAUGCAAAUCAUGGGUUUUAUGUCCCUUCAGCUGUUGUCACUGCCACUUUGCCUUCCUUCAGAAACCGGACCACCUUGCCAUGUGAGGAAUUACCUUCUAAAAUGAUGCGGUUUUACACUGAAAGCCUCUUGGUAUCCCUCCCAACUCCUGAUUUCAGCAUGCCGUAUAAUGUGAUUUGUUUGACCUGUACUGUUGUAGCUCUGGCAUUUGGACCCCUGCAUAAUAUCACAACCAAGAGGUUGGUACUAGUCCCAAAUGAUGAGCUGAAGAAAGGACUUUUACAGAGAAUGUUGAACUGCUUAAGAUCAAGAAAGAUUGAAGUGCCUUCAAAGACUGAGAGUGAAGAAAGAGUGAUGAAGGAAAAAAAGGAGAAAGCCCACAUGGAUUGGUCAGAAGAGAAUGGUCCUAAGAAAGAAACCCCACCCCAAGAUGUUGGGGGUCGGGAAGAAGAGGAGAAUGGAAGAGACCAAGGAGAGACUAAUUGUGAGGUAGAAGGAGAAAGUGAGAACUCUGGGUUUUUGUUCAAGCAAGGAUCCACUAGUCGUGUGGAUGUGGACAUGGUUUUCUAUAGUGAGGUGUAUCACUACCUGACCCAGGGAGUGUUUCCUGAAGCAUGCACUGAAGUGGCCAAGAGGAACAUCAAGAAAAAUGCCUCCAGCACCCAUGUUCCAGCUAGGAAAAUGCAGCGGCAAAUAUCAAGGAACUAUUAUUGGCGUGGAUAUUUUGUGGAUCUGGUGCGCUAUGUGCGAGACUGCGAGGUCUGUGCUGAGGAAGAGAGUCAUAAGCGAACCAGACUGGCCAGUGUCUUAUCUCAAUACAAUAAGGAGAAUGUGCCACCUGAGCAGACUGGAGUCCUUGAUCGAUUGGCAAAAGUUUGGAAGAAGAUUGAGGUGAGAAUCUAUGGGCCAUAUUCCAAGACUGUGCAUGAAAAUGAGUACAUCAUUGCAAUGGUGGACCCAUUUUCUCGAUGGAUCUCUGCUCAAGCAAUACCAGCCACAACUCAUGGUGUGCGUACAGCUGACUACCUAUUUGAAACAUUCUGCACACUUGGAUUUGCUCAAUGCUGCAUGGUGGGCUUUUCUUCGGAGCUCUUUGAAACGAUGCAGGUUCGAUAUCGGGAACGAUUUGAUCAGAUGCGUGAUACAUUUACGGAGCUGGGCCAUCCAUUUGAAAGUGAGGAAUCCCAGCAAAGCUUCCUCUUCACCCUUCAAGAGAAUUCCACACUUUGUUCUUGGGCUGAGGAUAUGAUGGAUACAUUUGCAAAUGGUCAUCCAAGCACAUGGGAUGAGGAAUUAGACAAAUUCCUCUUUCAGUAUCGGACACAAAAGAGCUCUGAAUUGCAUCAGUCACCAUUCUACAUGAUGUUUGGUCGAAACCCUACUGGUUUUAUUUCCACUGAAGAUCAGGUGAAAUUGGCACAGUUGAACCAUGAGCUUGAAGAACAAGUGCCUUCCAAUCGACGACGACUGCAGAGUAGUACUCUGCAGUGCCGCCACUGCUCACAAAUCUUCACAUCCAAAAUAUCAUUCCGGAUCCAUCAGAGGAAGCACACUGAGGAAGCAAGGCGACGAGGAAUGCUAGAAGGAGAACUUCCAUGUUCCUGGGGUUCUGCUCAAGAUGCAGCCAGGAGGAUGUAUCUGAAGAGGAGAAAAGCUAACAUUGCCAGAGCAUCAAAGCAUCAUGCAUAUCUGAGCAGUUCAAGUGAAGGAAUACCAACUGGAGAGAAGCGUAAGGAAUUGACACAAACAACUAUAUGUGCUGUUAAAGCCCUCCUUGCAACUGCAACCAAGAGACGACCUAAGCGAGGGAAGUAUCAGCGUUAUUCAGCUGAGUUGCGAGAUGAAGUGGCUGAAUAUGCUGUGACACAUGGGAUCUUGGAAGCUGUCAAAGUCUACUCAGAGAGGCUGGGUUCAUCCAUCAGUGAGAGCACUGUCCGAAACUUUGUCAGAUUUCAUCGUCACUUCACUCCUCAAGUGAAAGAAGAGAUAGGGAAGUAUGCUCAUGAGCAUGGAAUUGAGGCAGCACUGAAGCAGUAUGAAGAGAAGCUGGGAGGAAGAUUCUGCAAGGGCCUUGUUGCAAAAUUCAAGAAGUAUUAUAUUUCCCUUCAUCCAGAACUAAAUCCUGGAGGUUCAGGCAGGAAAGAAGGUGGGGGAGGACUUAAUUCUGUCACCCUUGAUCCAUCCAAGGUGAAGAAGUUCUUCACUACAACUGAGAAGGAUCUCAUUGGUCAAUAUGCCCUUCAGCAUGGGGUAAUGGCAACAAUUGAUCACUUCUGGCAGAAGUCUCGCUGGUACCUCAAAGAGAGUGUGGUAAGGAAGUUCAGGAAGGCUUUUCAAGAGAAGAAAGGGAUGCAAGAGAUGACUGUGAUGCAAGGACAUGGACAUGGAGGACAGCAUCACAUGAGUACAGCUACCAUUUUGCAGCAGGAUGGAUUCCCAGCAUCCAUCACCAUUGGUGAUCUGAACAUGAGCCAGCCAAAUCAAGGCAUGGACAUCCUUCAGACAUCCCUGCAUGUCCUUAACAGCCCAAUCUCAUCCACAACAUCAAAUGCUUCAGGAAUGCUGUAUGGGCAAGGCUACCCUGGGCAGAUGGUGAAUUUGCAUGCAUUUGGGAAUCCUCAGACCCCUUCCAAUGCCAUGCAGAACCCACAGCUACAAGCACAUAUCUUUGCACUGACUCCUUUAUCAGAACCAGGAGUUAAUGUGAAUGUCUCAACAGCGGACUUGAAUGCCCCAGGACAAACCCAACAUCAUAUCCCAGUUCAAGUCACAUAUGUCCCUCAGUACCAGGGGAAUCAUGGAGGACAACAACCACCACCAUCUCAACAAUCCCAGCAGACUCAAGUUAUCAGCACAAGCUUGUCUUUUGAGACAGCAGGACCUUCUAUGUCUAUUCGGGAAGUUGGCCACAAUCAGGAACAGCAAGAAACACAACCAGAACUUACUCAGGAAGUGGUUGUGCGAGAAGAGCAGUCAAAUUCCAUUGUGAUGCUACACACUCCCAAGCCAAUGGGACCAGGAUCAUCAGGAGAAACAUUAGACAAGGUGCCUGAUGCUGGAGAGACUCUGUCUUCAGUUUCAGAGCCUUCAUCUACACAGACUCCAAAGACUGUUCUUGAAAAGUCUGCCAAGGGAGGGAAGAGAAGUAAGCGACCAAUUCAAGGAAGCAUUCGGGGAAAAUACACCCAAUAUCCACCAGAGAUUCGAGCAGAAGUGGGUCGCUAUGCCUUGGAACAUGGAAGCAUGGAAACGAUGGUGCAUUUCAAGGAAGCAUAUGGGCUGGAGAUCCCAGAAAGCACCAUCCGAGGUUUACGUGAUAAAUAUUUGAGUCAGCAGACUCAGGAGAUGUCGGAGGUGACAGAAUUGGAGCGGCUCCCUCGGGGUCGUCCCACUCGACUUGGCAAAUACGAUGAGCUUGUUCAAGAUUGCAUUCGUGAAAUGAUGAAGAAUGGAGAGAAAGUGAGCACAUUGGUGGUGAUUGCUACAGCUAAGCAAAUCCUCAUGCAAUAUGAACCACAUGUGCUGGAAGAGCAUGGUGGACCAGUGAUGUUGAAUCCAACUUGGGCCAAAUCCUUCCUCAAGCACCUCUGCGAGGCAUGUGCCUCCUGGGAGAGGGAUCUGAAGACACAGGAGAGGGUGGGGAGGAAGAGGAAGAUAUCCUUGAAGUUUGACACUGAUGGCUGUGUUGCUGGCGACGAGGGUGAUGAUGACUGUGAUGCCGGCGAGAGUGAUGGGAAUGGUGACCCUGGGAUUCCUGACCAGUACUGUUCCCUCCUCGCCUGUUGUUCCAGAUCUGCAACUCAGGUAAGUGGGAGAGAGAAUGAGGUACCUGUUGAUGUUGCGGAAUUCCCGAUAGGAGAAGUGAGUUCCGACGGAGAUGUGGACCCAGAG